CUCAGAGACAAUAUGGCGGGUUGUUUGGUUGUGAUUUUGUCUGGUUCGUAGAAAAGUCAAUACAAUGUCAUUAUCUACUCAGCAGGGUGAUGAAGAUGGGCAGUAUGUUCUUAUUGCUAAACUGGAUAAUGCCAGAAAUAUGUCGAAUAUUCUGAAAGCUAUCCACUUCAAGGAGAUGGCCACAGUGUUUGCCACAGCUAAUGGUAUCAAGGUUACUGUGGAAGACUCAAAAUGUAUACAGGCCAAUUCUUUUCUACAAGCCGGCAUAUUUCAAGAAUUUAUUCUGCGUGAAGAAUCAGCAACAUUCAAGAUAGACAUUACUGUGUUACUUGAAUGUUUGAAUAUAUUUGGCAGCAGCACUUUACCUGGUGCAACAACAGCAUUAAAGAUGUGUUAUGGUGGCUAUGGAUCACCUCUUAUAUUAUGGCUUGAAGAGGGCGGUGUGCUGACUGAUUGUACCAUUAAAACUCUGGAACCAGAUGAAGUGUUGGAUUUCAACUUCUCUAGUACCAAUGUCAUCAAUAAAAUAAUUAUGAAGUCAGAAUGUCUUAAAGAAGCCUUUUCUGAAUUAGACAUGACUAGCGAAGUAUUAGAGAUUCUGAUGUCCCCUGAUAAGCCGUAUUUAAGACUGUCUACAUUUGGUAAUGCUGGUAGUACCCAUGCUGACUAUCCCAAAGACUCUGAUAUGGUGGAAUCAUUCCAGUGUACUCAAACACAAACAAAUAGGUAUAAAUUAAGUCUAUUGAAGCCGUCGGUGAAAGCCCUAACCCUAUCAAACAAGAUAUCCAUUCGUACAGACUGCAGAGGUUUCUUGUCAUUACAGUAUAUGAUUCGUAACGAUGAUGGACAAAUCUGCUUUGUGGAAUACUAUUGUUCACCAGAUGAGGAGUUAGAUGAAAAUGACGACAGAUGAUAAAGUAUUGCGAUAUACAUUGCCAUAUAUGGUAUCGUAAGAUGAUGUUCAGCAGACUCAUAAGUCUCUCACCUUUGGGUUGCAUAAUGACAAUGCCCUGAAUAAAUUGGAUCACUAUCGCCAACAUCAUUCUCUUCUUAUACUGAGUCAAUUGUAUAUACUGUAUUAUCGUUAAAUUAAAUGUUUUAUAUUGUGAUUUUACAUAUGGUGUAAUUUCAUGGGUAUUUUAUCGUGGUUUAACAUCAAACUAAUUUAAAUCUGCACUAUUAAUGAGUCGUCUGGAUAUGUUGCACAAGAUAUGGGGGCCAUAUUAAAAAAAAUGGCACCUUUGAUUGUUGUGCAGAUCAAUGUACAAAAAAAAAGCCACUAUAAUAGUUUUAGGCAUUUCCAGGGAUGAUUGGAACAUAUCCCAUAUGCAUUGGGCAUGUCAAACACAAUCCUUUGAGAGCAGUACAUGUGUAAUAAAGUGC